UUGUCUCAUCAAAUUACUACAUUAGUUGCAGUAUGGAUAGUUAUGGCGCUGCACGCUCUUCUUAAAAAAAACUCUCUUGAAACACAGUAAAUUGAGAACUCGUUGCGAACAUGAACAUUACCUUCGUGAAAAUGGAAAACGCCUCUGAAAAUUAUAGCUGUUCAACUCUAGUGCCGACAGAGAACCCAAAGGAGUUUGACGUUAGAGUGUUUAAUGUUGUUAUUAAUUUCAUCCUUUUACUCGUUGGAGUUCCUGGUAACUGCCUCAUCAUACGUGUCUACUGGGCUAAGAAAGUUAAGACAAGCACCCACGUUCUUAUUAUGAGUCUAGCCUGGGUCGACCUCAUCGCCUGCCUAAUGAGCGUUGUGGACAUCGUCCCGCAGUUUCUUCAGCUGGCUCGGGUGGAAUCACCAGCAGUGUUCACUUUGCUGUUGACACUUCGCAAAAUGAUUGUGUCUUCAUCCGUGUUGAUCACGGGGGUGAUCGCAGCGGAUCGCUACCUCUGCGUGUGCCGUCCGCAGAGCCGUUUCUUCACCCACAGGCGUGCCAAGAUCGCCGCCUGGUCCUCGUUCGUAUUUGCCGUGAUCGUGAACUCACCCGGGAUAGUCGCUCUGUAUGUUGACCAAAAAAAAUCAAUGAUCUGGAUUUUCAUGUUGAUUAUUUUUCAGAUCAUCUGUUUCCUGACUUCAGUGUUGACGAUCUUGUUUUGCUACACUCAAGUUUACCGUGUCAUUAGGAAGCACGUUCGAGGUGGCAAUAAGAAAGUCAGUGCUGUUGUCAAUUCAACAGACUCUUCUAAUAGGCGAAAUGAAUCCACAACAUCGGGCAUCGCAAAGGAUAAAUGUCCUGCUACUCCAAGCGAUCGUGUGAGUUUCACACAUCAUUCUGACGUAGUGAAAAUUCGCCAACAGCAGCCUCCUGCAGAUUUUUCAUCUGAGGGGAUCCAAUCUGAGAAAGUCCAAGAACGAACCGCAGAAGAAUGUACUGCUUCACGGAACAAUACGGAUACCCUACAAAACACCACGUUGGGGAGGGACCUUGGUACGGGUACGGGGAGAAAGAAAUCCAAGCCAUCAACUUUCCGACGAUCCCCCUCUACCCACUCACUGGUAUUACAGCGCAAGACCACAAAAAUGCUAUUCAUUACUAGCUUGGUGUUCCUGAUCACCUGGUUACCAUAUUGGAUUAUGAUAGCCGUUAUUAUUUCAUCCCGUACUGGGGGCUCCGACAUCAGCCCCACGGUCCUGGUGGCAGUUGAAGAGUUGAGUUUGACGCUUCUCAUAAACAAUGCUGUUAACCCGUUUAUUUACGGACUUGCUAACAGACGGUUCAGGCGAGACUGUAGAAUGGUACUGAACAACAUGAAGCUAUGUUGAAAAAGAGACAAGUUUGAACAUAAUAAAGGAACAUUACAGAAUUGCAAUGAGUUGGCAGGGGUGGUUCUGAAAAGAACCGUUGGUUUCAAC